AUGCAUGCCACAGACGACGGUCCAAUACUUGCGACCGAUACCGCGGCGCAUCCCCCCAACGCGUCCGCAACACCCUCAUCACCUCCGCCGCUCACCCCAACGCUCUCCGUCUCUCCAAAUGAUUCGGGUGCCUCCACCCUCCGUCGCCUGAAAUCCAAAUCGUCCCUGUGGAGCCUAGGGAGCAGCAAUAACGAAGAGGAAACCCUCCAAACCGAACCGACCGGCGCCGGGCGAACAUCCAUCCUCCGCCGACUCUCCCGCUCUCGCGGCCCGGUUGGUCGAAUCCCGCAAGAGCAUCUGAAGGAGCUCGAUAACCUCCACCAAGACCUAUCCAUCAAGGUGAAAAGGAAAGGCCAGGCGUGGAAUGGUCUCGGCAUCUCAUCCGGACACCCUCAGGAGUUCAAGCGGAGCGCGUCAAAUCAGCUCGAGCUACCCCACCAGGACAUCCUCCAAGAGAUCGCCGACGCGCGAAUAGAGGCGCACAACGAGACCCCCGGAGUCAUCCGAAGCAGUCAACACAACAGCCCACCCACGCCCAUGUCUGUCGCAGAGCCGGUCCUCGCGCAGUUGCGCGCGGACCACAUACCAAGCCCCUUACCCCCACAAGAUGUGAAAGAUGAACGAACCGACUUCGAGAAAUAUGUCGAUGAUACUGCUCGGAGAGAGGAGCGAUCUGUCAAAGAGCAAUCCGCCCCGAAACCUCCGCCGAAAGAUUCCCCUCCCCAAACCACGCACUCGCGCUCUUCCUCCCAUUCGCAGUCAUAUUUUAACCCGAUGGGUCUUCAGCGCACAGAUUCCAUAUACUCUUUCUCCCGCGCUUCUUUCAGCAACCAGCUUUCGCAGCUGACUUCUAUGUACUUGCCGGAACCAGCUUCGCUCGAAUCCAAAAUUGAGAGAAUUUCCACUGCUCUGGCAGCAGUCAAAUCCUUGAACAGCUCCGCGGAGUCAAUUCAGAUUUGGAUUAAGAAAGCCUCAGAUGUGCUGAGCGGGCUGGAUUCUGAAGACGAUGUAGAAUGGGCUGCGGCUGGUGGUCGGGAGGGACUGGAUGAAGUCGACAGAGCCAUCACGCGGUUCGAGUCCUUAGUCAACGUGUAUGUCAGGGCUAUCGAGAACGUCCAGCUGCGGGAUGACAUCGGCAAUGUUGACACGGAGAGUUUGACCACUAUUGUGAACCAGAUGGAGAGUAUUUUACAAAACUGGUCACAAAUUAAGACAAAGCUGAGAGGCGUAAAAGAACAAGUUGAGUUGGCCAUGGAGUGGGAGGAGCUUUGGUCGAUCGUGUUGGGUGACGUGGGCAUGGAAGUUGACAACUUGAGCGGACUGAUCUUCGAAAUGGAAGAGCAGCGGCAUCAAGCGUUGAUGAACACAGGUGAGACCACUGGCGGCCUUGACAUCAAUGAGCUAGAAACAAUUGUGGAAGAGUCCCCUAUGAAGGGUCGCUCAAAUGUACAGAACCGCUUGAGUAUUGGCCCUCUCUUGGCCUCAGCAUCUGUCACACCUGUCAUCAAAACACCGCAGGAUGACACGAGUCACUCUAACCUCAUGGCCAUAUUUGCGCGUAUGCAGCCCCUGCGCGCGUCUUUGGACUUUUUGCCCAUGCGAUUGUCUAUGUUCCAGGCACGCGCUGAGAACAUCUUCCCGAGUGCAUGUGAGGAGAUCGAGGACCGGCGAAAUCAGUUGGAGAACAGCUAUAAAGUUCUUGAAACUGAUGCCGAAGCUCUUCGAAAGGAGCUGGGAGAGGAUAAGUGGAUUAUUGUUUUCCGGAAUGCUGGAGCUCAGGCACAAAAGAUGUUUGAGUCAGUGGAGCGCAGUAUUGGAAAACUACAGGAGGGGCUGGAAAGUGGCAUGCAACUGCACAAUCCGUCAACGCUGACCAAGCUUGUUGAAAAUUACGAGGCUAAGAAGAUGCAUUACGUUCCUGCUAUUGAACGUGUGGUUUCCAUCAUCCAAAAAGGUGUCAACGACCGGUUGACUGUCAAUGGUGAAAUCCUGCGCCUGCUCUCUGAUAUGACAUCCCGAACAGAUGCUCUCAAGGCUAGCACUAGGGUUAUGGACACAUCUCUUGAAGAUGUACAUACUGCCAAAGGUCAUCAACUGCGAGACUCAAUUUCCAGCAUCCUCACCCUGGACAGUCCAAUCACAGGCAGUGCUAUCGAUACCCCAGGAAGCUCGCCUGCGUCGUCGGUCAUCAUGGGCGGUAAUGGGUAUAAACGUGCCUCAACGCCCAUGGGCGGAUCGAGCCGUCGCGGAAGCUCAGCCGGAAGUGUCAUAGGUCGCUCUGCGAUUCCCCAAACCCGUCGCUAUUCCAGCCUGCCACAGGCUACAGCGCCCUAUACAAGUCGAAAGUCCUCGAUCCCCCAACCAACGGGCCUUGUGUCUCCUCCACCAUCUCACCGGAACUCGAAAUUCUACACACCAACUCCGGCUGUUCGUUCUCGUACACCAGCGCCGCCAUCUUCAAUUCCUAAGCGGCCGCGCUGGAACGGCAGCACGAAUUUGAAUGACUUGCAUACGGGCUACAACUCAACAUUACGCAAGUCAUCUGCGCCACAAGCUCGGACACCUCGCCCAUCCUCGACACUCCCCUUCUCCAGUUCAUUCCGACGCGACUUAUCUGCAUCCCCAAUUCCCGGUGGACUUCGGUCAGUCAGUCGCAUCUCUAGCCGCUUUGGUUCUCGAAGUCCCCAGCGCAAUGUAUCGUCGCCUACCCCGGCACGGUCCUCCAUCCUUGACCCACCGCCAUACAGCCGGCUCCGUCGAGAACUAGGGAUGGCGAAUACUCCCCGCAAUCGCUCAAGCUUUGCGGGCCCACCUACAAAUUUCAGUCGCAGUAUAUCAGGGGUCCGAGAUAUGAGCCAGAGCCCGACCAAAACAAGGCCAGGAACAUCAUUGGGACAUUCUACCAACAGACGCGCUAGUCUCCUCCCGUUACCCAAGCGAACGGGGAAGGAACAGACAGUCUCGAAGCCAGUUGAUACACGCCCGAGGUGGCGUUAG